AUGGCAAGCUCAAGGGAACGUCUGAUGUUAGAACAAGUUACCGAUCCAGAGAUCAUCAGGUUCACGCACCUUCAAAAUUCCGAAGCUUGGAGAUCCAAGUAUUUAACAGCAGAAGAAUAUGCUGAAAGAGAAAAAUUACUGGGUUCUUCUGCGAUUUCUACUAGGAAUAAGUGUCUAGAGAUGCAAGAACAGUUCCCAGAUACGUAUUCAUGGCUUGGUUUGAAGUACUUUGUAUUAAAGAACAAGUCUUUACCGGAGACGUCAAAAAUGUCGCAGAUCGUCUCAAGCUGUGAGACUUUGAAUCGAAUUGGUUGGAUGGUUGGACCCGAAUCGUCUGAAAUCAGGCCUGUAUUAUCUGUGUGCAUAGGUGGUGUUUUCACAUCGAAGGAAAACCGUGGUAAAGGGUACGCAGGUGAAAUGAUAACAAGACUUAAUGCGUUUUAUGACGAUCUGGGCUCGCAGCCUGAUGCACCACGUUUAUUGCGAGACAAAAUAAUGUUCUUGUACAGCGAAGUCGGGGAAUACUACUCGAAAUUCGGAUACAUUUCAAAACCAGUACCGGUACAUGCCAUUUCGAGCUUAGAGGGCUUAGUGAACGUUUUUUGCGCUGCAAAUGUGGUUGAUGGAGAUGGGAGGUCCUUGGGGUUUGAUGAUUACGAAGAUCUGAUAGAACUGGAAAAGGAGCAAUUUCAAAAAAGUCUGGUCAAGCUACAACGAGCACAUCCAAAUUCCCAUAUUUUCACCGUUGAACCGUCACUAGAAAUAUAUCAGUGGUUUAAACACAGAGACAUUUUUCUAGCUUCGAAAGUAAAUCCAGAAUCCCUGCCGCCAACCAAAUUUGGGUUUGCUCUUCCAGAUGGAAGCCACGUAAUAUGGCAUCACCAUUGGCCGGAGAAGGCCUUGUACAUUGUAAAGAUUUGCAUCAACGAUGACACGAUUAACAAAGAGGGCACUUUGAAAAGAUUGCUAGCGGAAUCUGUCGCUGAAGCAGCCCGCAGUGGCCUAGAUCAUUUAGAAUUUUGGGAUGAAGAAAUCGCGGACUUCGAAUGGUCUCGCUCUCUGUUCGAGUAUUUGGAGUCAUCUGAAAAUAAAGAAAACCUCUACAAAGAAAAUGGUUCCAGAAGCGCAAUCCGUCCACCUGAAGGUUGUUCCAGCGGAGGCUUCAUCUGGGACAACAAUACGAAAUUUUGCUGGUUUUGA